CUCGUAAAGUCUUUGUUUGUGUUGGGGAAUGCGUUUGUCUUCCAUUUGUUGUGUUGUGUGUCUGAAUCAUGACUAACGUCCCAACCUCUCUCAGAUGUUCCUCCCUUACCUGCUUCCACAAAGCAGCAAUCACACUCUCACACCCUUGGCGCUUUUUCCUUGUUUUCUUUUGAGGUUUUUCGAGAAACUCUCACAAACAUUAUAAGCAGACCAGCCUCUUUCUGUGUUGUUUUUGCAGUGAUGGGUGGCAGUGGGGAGAAGAGAGUGAAGGGUUUUCAGGGGAAGAAAGAAGGGUUCCGGGGAGGAGUGCCGAAAGGGUGUUUGGCCAUAAAGGUGGGUCAAGGAGACGACCAACAACGGUUCGUGGUGCCGGUGAUGUACUUCAACCACCCUCUCUUCAUGCAGCUUCUCAAGGAAGCAGAGGAAGAGUACGGCUUCGAUCAAAAAGGAACCAUAACCAUCCCUUGUCACGUGGAGCAGUUCAGGAACGUUCGAGGCAUCAUCGACAGCGAAAAGUCUCUCCUUCACCAUAAUCAUCACGUUCGCUGCUUCGGCUUCUGACCAACCAACCAACACAAAAACCUUCUUCACCCUCGCUUUGUAAUUGUAAUUAAUUUCUUGCAGGUACCAUGAUUUCGCCUUGUAAAUUCUCCGCUUUUGUUUUACUUUCCUUAGUUGAGUGGUGAGUGGUGAGUGGUGAUGACAGUGUGGUAGAGACGAGACGAGGACGACAACAGAAUGUUACAUCUUGCUGUUGUAGUUACCUUGUUAUAGUUUUGCUACAAAUCUCAAUGGAAAACAGAUGCUUUUUCUUUUUCUUAAGUUUUCUAGAAGGAUUUGUGGCCAUUUAAUGACAGUGGAAAGAGUUGAAAAGAA